AUGCAUACCGUAUGUUCCGGUGAGGAGGGUAAUGGCUCGUCAGUAGCGGGUCGAUCACAUGAGUUUAUGAAUUUGUUUUCAGAACUCUUAGAAGAUUGUAGAGAUGGUAUUGCUUAUAGAAGCUGUUGUCGGUGGGCUUUCCUGGUGAAGAAAUUGGUGGGUACAGAGGCUGUGAAGGGGUGUAAGUUGAUUUUGAUAGUCGUCGAGAGGUGUAGUCUCCAUCCUUUUUCGGACUCUCGGAACAGGUUGGAUCAGAGGUCCAGGCGGUCACAAGGAAGACAAGAAGGAAUGGAGAAUCAACACGGUGAACAUUAUGGCAGUGGGAGUUCAAAUCGGGUGGCUUCGGAUGUGGCUGGAGAAGAGGUCGUGGAUCCAGAAAAGGUCAGGAUGUUAAUGAAGUGUCCAACAGAAUGUCAUGUUACAUGUCACAUGUGUUGUGAGUUGAGAGAAGGCUUUGUACGUGACCGAGGUGAAGGUCGGGUGUCCGAGAAAAGUCGUGAUUGGGUGAAGACUUUGGAUGUGACCGAGGUGAAGGUUGGGUGUCUGGGAAAAGUCGGGAUUGUGUAUGGAGGACUUGGGAUGUGA